ACACACUCCUGCAGAGCAACAUGGAUACUACCUGAUGAGCUAUAUCGGGACUUUCAAAAACUAGACUUGGAGGUACGGGAUUUCGGAGAAAUAGAUCGGGAAACGCGGUUACUCGCCAUGACCGUUACCCCAUCUCUUUUCGAUGAAAUUAGAGCAGGGCAGCCUGGAGAUAUAAAGUUGGACAGAAUCCGAGCUGGUAUGACGAAUGGCUUAAACGGACCAUUCAAACUACACGAAGAUGGUAGCAUUCGACACAAAGGAAGGUGGUGUGUCCCGAUGAAAUGUGAAGAGAUUAAGAAGAAAAUCAUGGAGGAGGGGCACAACACGCCUUACUCGGUACACCCUGGAGGCGACAAACUCUAUAAAGACCUCAAAAACAAUUUUUGGUGGCCAAAGAUGAAGAAGGAGGUAGCUGAAUUCGUGGCUAGAUGCUUAAACUGCC